UGUGUGGGCUCAAAUGCAACGAAAGUAUAUUGCAACUUGCACUAUCCUCACGUGCACCCCCUGCUUGAUAAGUAAGUGUUUAACCUUUGAUCAAUAGAAUCAAUUCUUUUAUUAUUCUUAUUCUCAUGUUUUGGAAUUUUUUUUUUUAUUUACAGUAUAGAAAAUGUCCCGCUGGCCAUUGACUACACGUUGGAGGAUGCUAUAUGGUUAAGUGAGAUAUGUUCCAUUUCGGAACUGAAUCUAUAUAAGACUGAUUUCACCAACCAGGGGAAUUUGUACCUUACUACUGCAACAGUCAAGGAUGUUACUGUUUCUUGGUCAAGUGUGCAUCUCAAGUUUAUGGUGAGGCUGACUGUUGCUACUGGUCCUCAUGAGGCUUCUAUCAUGUUUAUGACUACCAAGUUCCGGUGGAUAGCAAGCCGUAUCAUUGAGGCUACAGACAAGGAAUGGACCAAUGACUUCAGGACUCUCCUAGCUGCUCUCAGGGGGAAUAUAUUGAAGUUUAUGAUUGAAUUUGGAGAUUUCAACGGCCAGACCAAUGAGUUUGAUUUGGUUCUUCGCAAAUUAUUCUGGUAGAGGGGGUGACGUACUUGAACAGUGC